AAACUUCCGAAGUCCCAAACCUCGCCUAUCCCGUAUUCGUUCCGGUGCACACCGCAUCCAUCCUGCGCACCUCCCAUGGCGGCCGCCGCCGCGGGGGCCACGCCGGCGACUGCGAGGAGGAUCCUCUUCACCACUACCUCCUCCCUCCUUUCGUCCUCACUCACGCGCAGCAGCCGCCGCAGCCUCGCCUGCUCUGCCGCGUCCGCCGCCGCCCCGCGCCUCGCGCCGCAGCCGCCCGACCUGGUCCGGUGGGUGCAGCGCGAGGGCGGGUUCGUCCACCCUGCCCUCCGCGUCUCCGACCACCCGGAACACGGACUCGGGGUCUCUGCCGCCGCGGCCGACGGUGACAUCCCCCCUGGGGAAGUCCUCAUCACGCUCCCGGGCCGCCUCCCACUACGACUCCGCCGCCCCACCGGCGCCGCGGAUGACGUGCUCGUGCAGCUCGCCCAACAAGUCCCGGAGGAACUGUGGGCUAUGAAGCUGGGCUUGAGGUUGCUUCAAGAAAGGGCCAGACCUGAUUCAUUUUGGUGGCCAUAUAUUGCCAAUUUGCCAGAGACAUUUACCGUUCCAAUCUUCUUUCCUGGGGAUGACAUAAAGAAUUUGCAGUAUGCCCCUCUCCUCCACCAGGUCAAUAAAAGAUGCUGUUUUCUUCUUGAGUUUGAGAAAAAGGUGCAAUGGAUGCUUGACACUCUGCCCUUGGAACAUCAUCCUUUUUAUGGACAAGAUGUAAAUUCAUCUUCCCUUGGAUGGGCUAUGUCAGCUUCCUCUUCCCGUGCAUUCCGUUUGCACGGUGAAAUCCCAAUGCUGUUGCCUCUUAUUGAUAUGUGCAACCAUAGUUUUGACCCAAAUGCUAGGAUUGUCCAGGAAGGAAAUGUAAACAGCUCAGACAUGUCAGUUAAGGUUGUUGCUGAGACGAAGAUUGAGAAAAAUGCUGCAAUAACACUGAAUUAUGGUUGCCAUCCCAAUGAUUUCUUUCUUCUUGAUUAUGGAUUUGUGAUAGCACCGAACCCUUACGAUCUAGUGGAACUGAGCUACGAUGGAGCCCUUUUUGAUGCUGCUAGCAUGGCAGCAGGAGUCUCAUCUCCCAACUUUUCAGCACCAGCCAAGUGGCAACAAGAUAUCUUAUCACAGCUAAACCUACAUGGAGAGGGUGCAAUUUUGAAGGUAAGCUUAGGAGGCCCGGACAUAGUUGAUGGACGUUUGCUAGCUGCUUUACGGGUGCUUCUUGCAGCCGAUCCAGAGGCUGUGCACAAGCAUGACCUCAAAACUAUGAUGUCCCUUGACGCACAAGCUCCUUUAGGCCCUACUGUUGAAGCCUCAGCUCUCCGAACAGUUCUUGCGCUAUGUGCAAUUGCUCUCCAACACUUCCACACAAAGAUAAUGGAAGACGAGGCCAUUCUAAAAGGGGAACCGCCUCUUACCACUGAACUGGCCGUCCAGUUUAGAUUGCAGAAGAAGUUCCUGAUAGUUGACGUGAUGCAGAAUAUCAGCCGGAAAAUCAAGAUGCUAUCUCCACAGAAAUCCACCGCUUAGGUCUUUAAUUUUGCCAUCAGACAAUCAGUUACCAUUCUGUACCACAGUCAUACUACUUCCAAUGCCUGACAUUGGAAAGUUACAUCUCCAUCAUCCAACGGAUGUGCCUUUGUCUUGCAGUUGAUUACUUUCCUGUACUGAUUGCUGUGGGUGAUAAUAAAGCCCCAAUUUUGACUCUCUA